GCACGCGGCAAUCGAAAAUGGGUGGAUUCUUUAUUAGGUCAAUCAAGGUCAGAUGCACUAAAUUUAGACAAUUCGAAUCACAGGACUGUUGUGCUUUAUUGAGGUUGACCUUCUUUGAUUUUUAUUUUUGGUCAAACGAGAUUGCAACAGUGAUUACUGUUCUCUAAUGACGGACAAUCGCACAAUGUACAACGAAUAUUCGCGACCCUCGCACGAACUAACGGAUGCUCCUCCACAACCACCACCUCACGACUUACAAAAACCAUCACAACCAAACUCACCCACUCCAUCCAAAUCUAUUCAACGUUCAAAGACGGUUCAGAGUAAAGUGCGAGGCCUGUUCAAGAAGUACACUCCAAAAGAUACCGAUGCAAACAAAGCUAAUGCAUCGGCGGCGGCGGCAUCACGUGCAGAUGCUGAUGCGAGUUCGAACGCCCAUCGACCGACGUUAUUUACUUCCUCAUCACUGAAUUUUGUCCCUACGACGCCAACCUUGAAUAGGGAAUUAUCUGAUGGACAAGGAUCGGCUUUGCUGAAUGAUCUACGCAUUAGCACUGACAACGCAUCGUACAAGACCUCAUCAUCUUUACCUCGUUCAUCCUACGAAGUCGAACCUCAAACCAUGACAGCUACUGUUCAAGAGAAACGUCAGCCAGAAGACAUGAUCGACCCCAACGAACCGCUACCAGCAGAGGCUGAAGAACUGCUACAAGAACUAGAACAAAUCAACGCGGCUAUUGCUCGUGCGAAACAGGAAGUAGCGACCGAGGCCGAACGCAAGCAAGCUUUGCAUAAUGAAUUAGAAGAAGCAAAGCGGAACUUCCAAGCAAGAGAGCAGGAAUACACGGAAAUUGAGCACAACUUUUUUGAACUGACGCGUGCUGUACGGGCGACGGAUGAUGAUUUGUCAACGAUCCGUGAUUCCUUCAAACUUUUGAAAUAUUCAAUCGCGCGUAUGAUCAUGACCCUGAACAAGAAAGCGGACAAGGCCAAAGCAACAGAGAAGUUUGUGUCUAUUUGGCCUGAAUUGACGAUUUUGGAACCAACCGGCGAAUUGGAACCUGGCCUCAUCAACCUGUUGGCGGAGAAACUGGUUCAUAUGCAUCUUAUUCAAAAUGUCUUUCGAUGUCCGGUGUAUCCGGGAUUAUCCGUGAACGACGCCUUUUCUUCUUUGAGCAAGUGGCUCAUGGAUCACGAUUCUCAAUUCUCGGUGAGACUGCGACAGCAGCUGGCCUCCAUUAUCGUGAAAAGCGGCAAAGACGGAGAAUUGCAACAGGCAGCUCAGACUGAAAAAAUUCGCAUUGCAGAACUGAUCUACAAAGAUUUGGCAGACAUAUACCAUCCAUUUAUACGUGAGAACGAUGAAUCCGUAGACGAGGAGAAGCGGUAUUUCGCCAAAAUUACUGAUAUUCUUGAUAAGGCGCUCAAGUUGGCGAUUGCCAUGCGUGGACAAGAAGUGGAUAUUUCAACGGUCGAUAUCGAGGAAGGAAAGCAAGCAUUUGACGAAGAAACCAUGGUGGAUGUCAAGGGUAAAACAAGCGGCGUGGUACGAUUCUGCAUUUGUCCCGCCUUUGCUGGUGGUGAUGGUGAACAUGGUUUCCUUGAGAAAGGCAAGGUGGUGGUAGGAUAGGCUUAGUCCGUGUAACCAUGGACUGAUAACCCAACCUUUAAAAAUCAUUUUUACUCUGUCAUCCACC